UUUAAACGAGACGGCCUUCGUAAGACGAACGGAAACGGAACGGAAACGGAACGUAACAUGGUUGCUAUGACAGCACGCCACUCUUUAACAAGCGCGAGCGUUUUGAGUGAGAAGGAACAAAGUCACUUUAGAAGGGAAUGUAUGAGGUAAAUUUGAGGAGUUGUAAUGAUGUAAAGAGAAAAGAAAUAGAUUUUACAGGUGUAGUUUUAGUCAAAUACUUUAUUUUAAUUAUAUAUUAAUAUAAUUAUAGAUAUUAUGUACUCUGCACCCAUCUACUGAGGUACUUCAACUUGGGAAUUAACAUUAUUUGCGUUUGAACAUCAUAUUUACGGGCAAAUUGGCGUCAUUUUUUUUUUUUUUUAGACAUUUCCGUUGAAGCAAAGAAUUGUGGGUUGUGAGUGCCCACGAAGGAUACACCUCAUGCAUCCUCCGAAUUCCCGUGAAAGAAGGUCGCAUUCGAAGGCUGCAUUCGAAGUGUCCUACUCGCUUUUCUGAAACGAGACAGCCUCGAUGACGUAUGCGGCCGACAAAUGCGACCUCCGGAGGACGCAUCCUUCCAAACGAGACACAGCCGUAAAAUACUAUGGAACAAAAUUGCUCCGUGUCAAAAUCUGUCCUCUGCACAUUGCUAGAUAAAAAUUAUCAAUCCGAGUAUGUUUUUUUUUUUUUUACCCACAAAAGAGAUCAGGAGGCGUACCGGCCCGAGUCGAUAAGACAUAUGUUGUUUUAUCAUCAUAGCUUUAACUUAAGAGUAUUUUGUCAAGUCACGGUGUCCUGUUUCCUUUAGAUUUACCAAUGGUGGUGAUGUUUGGAAAACACAUCUCUCAGAAGAGGUCCUGUCUCAGUUUAUUUGCAUGUAGGACUGGCCAAGCAUUUGUGACACUGCAGGUGGACAGUGCUGUACUGCAUUUAGGUUGUGAGACCACAGAUCUGACUCUAUCUCUGUCCAAACUCACUGACACAGAAGUCAAAUGCCUGCUUUUUAAGAUGGCUGACAGCCUGACACAUCUAGAAAAUGGAGCUGAUACAUCUUCAUUUAGUCCCAUCAACAGCCCUCAGAACAGAACGAAUGUAUUUGAACCUAGAAUACAGCAUAAGGAUCCAACAGUAGCAGUAAGAAAACAUCUUCCUGGGGCUUCUCUCAUCAACCCAGGAUCAAAAAAGGCCAACACCUUUACUGUUCCAGGUCAAAUCUGACCCAGAUAUGGUCUGAUCACUGACAAUGAUGAAGAAAGAAAGAACUUCUACAGAAAGAAGAUGAAAACUCUGACACGCUGGUGUCAGGAGCCAACCUCUCCCUCAGUGUCAGUAAGACCAAGGAGCUUGUGGUGGACUUCAGAAGAAAAGACAGAGA